AUGGUUCGCUGCAGUUACACGUUGUUUCGCAAGUAUGGAAACUUCAUUGAUAACCUCAGACUCUUCACCAAGGGAGGAAGUGGAGGAAUGGGUUAUCCACGAUUAGGUGGAGAAGGUGGAAAUGGUGGUGAUGUUUGGGUUGUUGCUGAAAAAAAGAUGACUUUGAAACAGCUUAAGGACAAAUAUCCUCAGAAACGAUUUGUGGCUGGAGGAGGAGCUAACAGUCAGGUUAGUGCACUGAAAGGCUCCAAAGGAAAAGACCGGGAAAUUCCUGUACCUGUGGGCAUUUCAGUAUCUGAUGAAAAUGGUAAAAUUAUAGGAGAACUCAAUAAAGAGAAGGACAGAAUUCUGGUAGCUGAAGGAGGUCUUGGUGGUAAAUUAUUUACAAAUUUCUUACCAUUGAAAGGACAGAAACGAAUAAUUUACCUAGAUCUAAAACUUAUAGCUGAUGUAGGUCUAGUGGGAUUCCCAAAUGCUGGAAAAUCCUCUUUGCUAAGUCGGGUUUCUCAUGCAAAACCUGUGAUUGCAGAUUACGUGUUUACGACGUUAAAGCCUGAACUUGGAAAGAUUAUGUAUAAUGAUUUUAAACAGAUAUCAGUAGCUGAUCUUCCAGGCUUAAUAGAAGGAGCACAUAUUAACAAAGGAAUGGGCCACAAAUUCCUGAAGCAUAUAGAAAGAACUAAACAACUACUUUUUGUUGUUGAUAUUUCUGGAUUUCGACUUUCUCCCCAAACUCAAUACAGAACUGCCUUUCAAACUAUAUUACUGCUUACAAAAGAGUUAGAGUUGUACAACAAGGAACUUCAAACUAAACCAGCACUUUUGGCAGUUAAUAAAAUGGAUUUGCCUGAUGCCCAAGAAAAAUUCCAGGAACUGAUGAACCAACUGCAGAAUCCUAAAGAUUUUCUGCACUUGCUUGAAAAAAGCAUGAUUCCACAGACAACUAUGGAGUUCCAACAUGUCAUUCCAAUCUCUGCAAUUACUGGAGAAGGAAUUGAAGAUUUAAAAAACUGUAUAAGAAAGUCACUGGAUGAACAAGCCAACCAGGAGAACAGUGCAUACCAUAAGAAACAGUUGCUUAAUUUAAGACUAUCCAAUACUGCAUCAUAUAGCGAACCACGGUCAAGUCAUGCUAUUACUAGUUCCUGAAUGGAAUUUAAAUCUAUUCAAAAUGGUAUGAAUUUAUUGGUUGUAAUUUUUAACUUUUCAUAG